AAAUACCUAUCACCUAACACAUUACACUCUCUUUCACAAAAACACAAUCUUUAGAUCGAAUCCUAUAGUAGAGGAGUGGAGACUCCAGUCCACUCUCACCUCUCAUCUCCGCCAUAGCCAUGGCCACCUUAUCCUUCAUCUCUUCCUCCUCUCUCCUCCAUGGCAAUGCCUCCUCCGCCGCCGGAACCACCCUACGCACACCUUCCCUUAUGCCGCCGCGCCAGCGCAGCAACCCCUCCUCUCUCAGCGUGCGGCGCACCCCCACUUUCAGAGCCUUCUCCGCCCCCUCCCCUCCCCCUGCCUUAACGCAGGACGACCUCAAGAAGCUCGCUGCCGACAAGGCGGUGGACUAUGUGAAGAGCGGGAUGGUCCUCGGCCUCGGGACUGGCUCCACCGCCGCCUUCGUGGUGGCCAAGCUCGGCGAGCUCAUUUCCUCCGGCCAACUCACGGACAUCGUCGGCGUGCCGACCUCCAAGCGCACUCAGGAGCAGGCCGCCUCCCUCAACAUCCCGCUCUCCACGCUCGAUGAUCACCCGAAGCUUGACCUAGCAAUCGACGGCGCCGACGAGGUCGAUCCGAAUCUGGACCUGGUCAAGGGCCGCGGCGGCGCUCUCCUCCGCGAGAAAAUGGUGGAGGCGGCGUCCGACAAGUUCGUGGUGGUCGUCGACGAUACGAAGCUCGUCUCGGGGCUUGGCGGGUCGGGUCUCGCAAUGCCCGUCGAGGUCGUCCAAUUCUGCUGGAAAUACAAUCUGCUCCGCCUCCAGGAGAUGUUCAGAGAAUUGGAUUGCGACGCCAAGUUGAGAUUGGACGGCGGUAAGCCUUAUGUGACGGAUAAUUCCAAUUACAUUGUGGAUUUGUACUUUAAGACUCCCAUUAAAGAUUCCCGCGCCGCCGGGAAGGAGAUUUCGGCGUUGGAAGGUGUGGUGGAGCAUGGAUUGUUCUUGGAUAUGGCCACUGCUGUGAUCAUUGCUGGAAAGGAAGGAGUGAGUGUGAAGAGCAAGUGAAAAUGGGCAGGAACUGGAAAUCAUCUUCGUUAGUAUUCUUUAUUGUGGUGCGUUUCCAACCAUCCUCGCACCUGCACCUGAAGUUGUAGUUGUAUCCUCUAUCUUCCCUGCAAUUUCCUUUUCCACAGUUCACCUC